GAAAACUUUCCGGCGGAAGUGGAGCUCACGGGCCUGGUUAAAAAUGGCGAGCGGCAUCGGCAGUAAGUAUUUCCAUGUUUUUAAAUUUCUUGAGGGGUUUCUAGCAAAAAUUAAACCAAAAGAAAACUUUAAAUACUGUAAAUUAUUUUGUUUACUUCUCCCUCGCAGCCAGGUGCAUAUUUAAUAACGCUUACACAAUGUAGUGCCGUGUGUGUCUCAUGAAUGUGCCCCCCGUAUUCUGUAUUGCUAAGCUCAAAACACUAUUUAUCAUUUACUGAUAUAAAAAGCAUGUUUGCCCACUUCAGUGUAUUUUCCAUUUACUAAUGUGUUUCAUCAAUUGUUUGAAUUGUUCUUACGUCUUUAUUUGACUGAGGAAAUACACUGAUAUAUAAUAAAAACAUGAUGCUAGCUAGCAAGAUAUUGUCAACAAUGUUGCUAACAGAAGAUAGCUAUCUUACCUUAAUGAAUGAUUCAUUUAAAAAAAAAAGCGAAUCAAAGCGGCUGCUUUUGGUUUCUUUGUUUAAUGUUUGUCAGUUUAUCCGUUAUAAUAGCUACGUGGUUAUUUAAUUCUUGCUGGUUGUUUGUGCAGUUUGUCACAUGUGUGUUGUUGAGGACAGGACCACUACCAGGCUUUAUUUGUCCCGAACAAAGAUAAUAAGUGUGGACCCGAAUUUCUGACCGUCCUCAUAUUGAGAACAGAUCUUUAACUAAAAGAUCACACGGACGCGUUUUGAUUUAAUCUCUUUGUAUCUCACAGAACACAAAAUACUGAAUGUGGGACCAACAGAGCCUUGGUCAGUCAGGGAGAAGCUGUGCCUGGCUUCCUCUGUAAUGAGGAGUGGUGACCAAAACUGGUAAAACUAUUUUAUUUUCAUCGAUUUCUUCAUCUCUUCUUGCACUACAGUCAUAUACAAGACUAGAAAAUAUGCAGCACCCUUGUAUGACACUGUCCUCAGUUUGCAGCAGUGCAGCGCAGUGCUUUCAGUGUCAUUAGUCGUCUUUUACAAAACAUUGAACUCCCCUUGUGUACAGACCCAUAGGGACUCUCUCUCAAAAAGUAAAGUCCAUUGCUUUGGUCGAAAAAAUGUCAAUCUUGCCUCAUAAACAGCAGAUGUAAUUAACCCAAAUGUCACCAGACAGAAGAAGCUAUUGGUCAGUGUUGCUUUCUGUUGUUUAAUAAUAGUUUUAUAAAAGGGAGAGUAAAUUAAAAAAAAAGGUUAUUUGCUUUUUCCUCACCUUUUUUCUAUUUAAACUAUGAACAACAGGGUUUCAAGAGUGAUAGAUUUUACUAUGAGAUAUACAUUUUCACAACUAGAGGUCAGCCUUGGACUAGUUGUACUCUAGUUGUAGACUCUUACCAAAUCUUGACAGAUGACUUUUCCAACCACUGAGUGAUUUGUAGGGAUUUACCCAUGAAGGUCUGAUAGAUUUAACUGCAUAUAAACAUCAGAUGUCUUUUUAAAAGGAAGUGACAUUAAUGUAUCCCUGCUGGAUUCUUUUGGCUGUCUAAACAUUAUUCAAUGAAGUGUUUUUCUUUUUAAUAGAGCUGUUUGUCUUUUGUUAGCAGCCCUGACCUGCAACCAUCUCAUUUUGUCAUAUUGUCCCAUGUUUUUCCACCCCUCUCACUUUACAGGGUGUCUGUAAGUAGAGCCAUUAAGCCUUUCUCAGAGCCUGGCCGUCCACCAGACUGGUUUUCACAGAAGGUAAGGAGCUACCAUUUCAAUAUUAUUUCAGGUUUAUGACUUACAAUUCCCCCAGGCUGACAAAUUCUCCUCUCUCCUUGCAGCACUGUGCGUCACAAUACUCAGAGCUACUGGAGGCUACUGAAGCACCUAAGUCAGUGUUAAAGUGCAGACUUCCACACAUACAUAUGAGCAGUUAGGACAAAAAUUUCAAGCAAAAAGGAAAAUAAUUUUGAUUUAACUUCUAGUGUUUUUGCCUCCCUUUGCUUUAGACGCAAACGUGGGGAGAAGGGGGAGGUGGUGGAAACUAUUGAAGAUGUCAUCGUUCGUAGGCUAACUGCUGAAAGGAUAGAGGAACUGAAGAAACUACUUCGAGACACACAAGAGCAGUACAGGUACAUACGCACUGACAAAAAAACAUCCAUAACAAGUGUGAGGGCUGUGGGACGUGGUAUUUAAUCCUUCUGUGCUGUCUGUCCGAACAGGAAGUUGAAGAAGGAGGUUGAUCUUAUACAAACAGGUCACAUGGACUCCCAGCUGAAGGAGCUGUGGACAGAGAUCACACUGUAAGAGUGUUUCCCUGUUUUAUCCCGUUUGAACCCUUUUUACUCAGUAGUUAUUAAGUGUGUUUUUGUAUUCCUGUGUUAGCCCUACUAACAGCCGUAGUGCUUUGAAUCAUCAUAGUUGUUUGGUCCGUCAGUUUAAUAUUUGGUCCCAGAAUACCUCUACGACGAUUGAUGGGUCGCAAUGAAACUGUAAAGAAAUUGUCCCAAAAAGAUUAACUUAGAGUUAAAUUGAUUUCUCAGUGAGUCUAUGUUUAGUAUUGGUACUUUUUGUAAUAUUUUCCUACUUUAAAUAUUAGAGGAAGAAUAACUUUGUACACUUUGGUACAUAUAACAUGAGCAGUGAUUUAAUGCCAUUGAAUUGGCUGUGUGUCUGCAGUUUAAAUAUACUGUUUUUUAGCCACAAUCCCACCUCUAUUCUUUAUAGUAUCAAACAAUCCUGUAUAAUAUCUUCCUAAGUCGUAAGUUAUUAAACUAUGUUCUUUUUCAACCUCAGAAAGAAGAAGCAGGAUGAGGAGGAAGUAGAACAGAAGAGGAAAGCUACAGAAACAGCAUACCAAGGUUGGCUCCCUCUGCUAAUCCUUCACACAGUUCUUCUGUUUACUUUUAUCCAUUAAAUCUUUUGCCAUGUGAUGAUUUUACAAUCAAAGUGUUGUCAAUUGUGUUAAUCUCCAUGCAUAAUCUGGCAUGCUAUCAUAAAAAUAAUACAUUGAUCAAAAAAUUCCCUGAAGAUAUAAAGCAAAAGCAGAGUUGUGAUUUUAUAAGUCAAAGUGCAACAAAACCAAAACAGCUGGAGCCUCGUGUUUUUUCUUGAUCUUUUCUUAUACAAGGGUCUGUCCCUCUGAUGGGCUUUGGUUAGAAUGAAAUUAUCACCACAGGAUUUCUGAUUCAUGGUGUCUGUGGAUUUUUUUUAAAAUUCUAAGCAGAUUGAUUCAUUUUCUAUGUUGAUUUCUCCGAACUUCCGACUACAUCAGUUCGUCAGGCAGUGAAAAACACUCCAAAACGUCUGCCAAGUGUUACUGUACGCUCUCCCCUGGGUGCCAGCCCCCCCACCAUGGACUCUCAGGGUGAUUCUUCAGUCGCCACGCCACCCAUGGAUACUGGAGGUGUGGCUCCUGAGGACACCACCACCACCACCCACUCAGUGGUAAGAAAGUGUCCCUUCAGAACAGCAUUUUUCUCAUGAAGCACUGCUAACAGUUUAUGAGGAGUUGUCUGAAUAGGGUUUCUUUGUCAGUAAAUUUUCAGCACCAACUCUGUGCUACAUAUUUGACUGUAUGGGAAUUAAAAGUAAAUGCAUUCCACUUCACACAAAGAAGUCCAUCUAAGAGUUCACUGCAGUGGUUUGAGGCUGUUAAUUUUGCUUUAACUUCACAUCAGGACUUGGUGCAUAUUUUUCAAAAACAAAUUUAGAUUAAAAUGAUCAACUUCUUAAUUUACCAUAAGCCUCCUUUUCACAAUUCUUGCUCAUCCUGAAAGGGAAUAGUCCAGAUCUUGCAGCUAACCAUGCCAAUUGUUUCUUGUCUGCAUCUGCCAGGCUCAGGGGGUUGGAGUGUUUCUACCAGCAGCAGAUGCGCCGGGCCCGGGGCCCAAAGAUGGAGGCCUGGCUGCUCUAGUAGAAGACACACCGCAAAAGAGGCUAAUUGCCCAGAAAGCCACACCACCGCCAUCACCUCUCCUGUCUGAACUGCUGAAGAAAGGCAACCUCAUCUCAGCCAGCCCACGCCUGGUAAGAGCUAGCUCAUGAUUAUCUAACUACUAAUGAAAAUAACAUGAAUAUAAAGAAGUAAACAAGCAAGACAAGCAGAGUCCUAAAGUUUCUCUACUGUGUAUGUGUUUGAUUAUUUACAGGAAUCAAUUAUGUACAGUUUUUAUGCCUCAUACCUGAGCUAUCCUUGACUUUUUAUGGCAGGUCGGGGAGGGAGACUGUACCGGCAAUCUCACCAAUGGAGUCCAGACAGCCACAACAGCCGCAGCUCUACCAACUGGUCAUGAAGUCAUUACAGGUGAACUAUGGAUGACUAACUGUUGAUGAACACAGUCACACACUUGCUGUUAAAGACGACAUGUGGAAUUACUGAAUCAGAAAGUUUUAUGAAUGAUCACAGUGAAAAUAUGUCUUGAUUAUCAUGUGAAAGUAUAAAAGUGAAGGUGGUUUUUAGGGUUGUCAACAAAUAUUUUAAAUUUGAAUAUACACUCACCGGCCACUUUAUUAGGUACACCUGUCCAACUGCUCGUUAACAGUUAAUUUCUAAUCAGCCAAUCACAUGGCGGCAACUUAGUGCAUUUAGGCAUGUAGACAUGGUCAAGACAAUCUCCUGCAGUUCAAACCGAACAUCAGUAUGGGGAAGAAAGGUGAUUUGAGUGACUUUGAACGUGGCAUGGUUGUUGGUGCCAGAAGGGCUGGUCUGAGUAUUUCAGAAACUGCUGAUCUACUGGGAUUUUCACGCACAACCAUCUCUAGGGUUUACAGAGAAUGGUCCGAAAAAGAAAAAAUAUCCAGUGAGCAGCAGUUCUGUGGGCGGAAAUGCCUUGUUGAUGCCAGAGGUCAGAGGAGAAUGGCCAGACUGGUUCGAGCUGAUAGAAAGGCAACAGUGACUCAAAUAACCACCCGUUACAACCAAGGUAGGCAGAAGAGCAUCUCUGAACGCACAGUACGUCAAACUUUGAGGCAGAUGGGCUACAGCAGCAGAAGACCACGCCGGGUGCCACUCCUUUCAGCUAAGAACAGGAAACUGAGGCUACAAUUUGCACAAGCUCAUCGAAAUUGGACAAUAGAAGAUUGGAAAAACGUUGCCUGGUCUGAUGAGUCUCGAUUUCUGCUGCGACAUUCGGAUGGUAGGGUCAGAAUUUGGCGUCAACAACAUGAAAGCAUGGAUCCAUCCUGCCUUGUAUCAACGGUUCAGGCUGGUGGUGGUGGUGUCAUGGUGUGGGGAAUAUUUUCUUGGCACUCUUUGGGCCCCUUGGUACCAAUUGAGCAUCGUUGCAACGCCACAGCCUACCUGAGUAUUGUUGCUGACCAUGUCCAUCCCUUUAUGACCACAAUGUACCCAACUUCUGAUGGCUACUUUCAGCAGGAUAAUGCGCCAUGUCAUAAAGCUGGAAUCAUCUCAGACUGGUUUCUUGAACAUGACAAUGAGUUCACUGUACUCAAAUGGCCUCCACAGUCACCAGAUCUCAAUCCAAUAGAGCAUCUUUGGGAUGUGGUGGAACGGGAGAUUCGCAUCAUGGAUGUGCAGCCGACAAAUCUGCGGCAACUGUGUGAUGCCAUCAUGUCAAUAUGGACCAAGCUCUCUGAGGAAUGCUUCCAGCACCUUGUUGAAUCUAUGCCACGAAGAAUUGAGGCAGUUCUGAAGGCAAAAGGGGGUCCAACCCGUUACUAGCAUGGUGUACCUAAUAAAGUGGCCGGUGAGUGUAUAUUCAAAUAUAAAAAAAACCCAGAGAGAUUCUAAUGUGAAAAUUAAUAUUUGAAUAUUAAAUAAACAGCAGGAAAAAACUGAGUAGGGAAAAAAACUAAGAAAAAAUAACAAUGGCUGCUUUGCGAGUCAGCGCACUUUAACAGCGGGUCAGGGAAAGGUCAUAGCAGCUGCACAUGCAGUGAGACAAAGUCCGUCUGUGGCACAUGCAGAGAGAGAUGGUGGGAUGUUCGGAGCCAAACUCAGAGAGAUUGGUCUGGACUCCAAUGAACUUUAGAAGCUCUGUUUGGAAAUUCUUUGGAUUUUGGGCAGACAUGGUAGAUAGAAAAAAUGCUGAGUGAGAUAAAGUUAUAUGCAAGCUGUGUGAGCUAGAUAUUCAAAUAUGUUCGAAACUAUGUGUUACUUUUAGAACGAAUAUUCGAACAUCAUUUUGGAGCAAUUUUGACAGCCCUAGUAGUUUUUGGACGGUGAAAGGAGCAUAUUAGGAGAACAGUAGGGCUUCACUUUGUUACAGUGACACUCACAAUCACAGGGUAGCCAUUAUGUGCCAGUAUAGCUCAAACUGCUAAAACAGUUUGACUCGGGUUUGACUGGCACCAUUGACCCUUGACCACAUAUCAUUCCUCACUCUUUCAUUAUUGUUUACCCCCAAAAAGUAUCUUUUAAAAAACUUUAAAAAACAGAAAUCUGCUCAAAAUUACAAAGUAAACAUCCUUGUGUUAUGAAAGGGACUCGUGUCAAGCAACUGAGAGCACAAGCAUGUAAGUUUAUUUAAAUAAUAGAUGAACUUCAUAUUACCAUUUGUUGAAUGGUUUGCCAGAUCUGGUUGUUUACUGAUAGUGGUGUUCAGACUGACAGUAGAGUACAUUCAGACGUAAAAAUAUCAAUAAUUAGCCUUUUAUUGUGUUCUGAUUGACUCUUUUGUACAUGUUUCAGAGGGUGAGGCUGAAGCUGCAGUGAAAGCAGAGCUAGGAGAGGAGGCAGGCUUAGUGGAAGAAGACCUUGUAGCCGUGUCUUACAUGGGAGAUGAACUGGACCUGGAGACUGUGGGAGACAUCAUCGCCAUCAUCGAAGAGAAGGUGUGUACUGUGUUUGUUUGUUCAAGACAUCCUUUUUUCUAUCACAGGUGAAUUUGUGUGUGUGGUUAUUUUUCAGAACAAUAUGAUCAUUCGUUUAUCCGGCCAUGUGUCUGUCCAGGUUGAUGACUCUGUGGAGGCUUUGGAUGCAGCAGCAGUGGAAGCAGCUCUCUCUUUGUGCGAAGAGGCCGUCUCAGAAGGACACACCCUUCCUGGCCCCUGGGAGACCCAGGAGCUAAAGGCUUCAGACCCUGGACCCGCAGCCCAAGAUCCGGCGCCAGAGUCUCAAGAUGCGACCUUGAUUCCUGCAAGCAUAGAUACCCAGAACCAGAAUCAACCAAACACUAAAAGAGAUGAGCAGAUGAAGGGAAACUGUGAGGGACCUGAGGUGACAGGAAGUGAUGUCACUUCUUCUGUGAACUCUGAUGACGGAGCAACAGGGAGUGAGGUUACAGAGGAAGGGGGGACGGGUAGAGAGGUCACUGAAGCGACAGUGAAGAGUGAAAACGAGGAAUGGAGCCAGCCUGAGCCCAACCCACCUUGCCUGGGUGUGUUCUGUAUUUCCCCAAACAAACAGAAAUCCCAUGUUUUCAUUCAUGUUUGUCUAAUCUCCUUCUUUAUUUUUCUUCCAACAGACUCUGAGGACAGCUCUGUGUCUGGGAAAGAGUCAAAGGUAACACAUUCAUGCACACCAACACAUCCACAGACUUCAUCAUACACAGUGAUCUUACGCUCUCUCUGUCGGUUCUUGUAUCCAGGAGGUUAAGGAGGAGGAGGCAGGGAGUGAAGGGGACCCGGAAGAAGGGAUGGAGCUGAAGGAGGAAUGUGGGGAAGGGGAGGGGCCCUACCUGUCAGAGGUGGAGCGGGCAGCCAGUGAAAGUGAAGACGGUUAUGGUCCGCCCUCCCAACGCUACACAGCAGAUUCACUGGCCAGCAGCCCGGCCUCCUCUUCUCAGCUGUAAGUGUCCUCGUGUUUUCAAAUGCGAAGAGUGUCCUGAUCAAACUUUGGGUAAUACAUGCUGAUAAAGGAGGUGCAGGGAAAUAAUCCAGGGCUUGCCAAUGACUUUUUCCAUAAGGAGCACAUGUGCUCCUAAAUAAAGAACUUUAUAAAAAUUGCUUUUAAAUUCAACCCAAAUAUGUUUGGAGGACAAAUUUGGAGGAAAAAAAAGUUUGUCCUAUCAUUUGACCGUAGUACUAUUAUUUGAAAUCAAUUUUAGGUCAACCGGUCACGUGACAUGGAAGCUACUGAAGGAAAAAAGCCCUUUUUGAGAACAUCAGCCAGUAGUUUAUUGAUGGUCCCUUAUUCAACACUCGAAGUUGACAGUGAGGAUGCCGAGUAGAUUUAACCCCACUGCUGUUGCCAUUACCAGUUAUGGAGAGUGAGAAGACAACGGUAGAUCCACAGUGAAUGUCAGUCGAAUAUUCCACCUAAACUAACUUCACCGCGGUAUUUACACGAAAAAACAUUUGUUGCCUCGGCUUAUUUAUUUUUAUAGCCGCACAUGUGCCCCUAAAUACAUUUUAUAUUUCGCACACAUCUAUUUUUAGUUGCAGAUGCGAGUGAAACGGUCGCACUGUCGAGCCCUGUAACCCCAGCUCUUAAUAUUCCUUAACAUUUGAGAAAUGCUGCUUUAAAACUAAAAGAAGCAUAGCUGGCAUUCAUCACGAGCACUUCUGUCCUGACCUCAGCUUUAGAUGAAGAAAGUCUGAGCUAGAGCACCUUUUGCUGCUGACAUAACAGAUCCAUUAGUACGAGAAUCUAUGUGUGUAAUUUCUCUUCCACUUCCCUUUUAAAGUUCUCUUGAAGUCAUUGUCCUCUCAUCAUACCCUCUCUGUUUUCACUUCCUCUUUCCUGCAGCUCGACAUGUGGUGAGGACCAGGAGGCAGUACAGGCUCAGAAAAUCUGGAAGAAAGCCAUCAUGUUGGUGUGGAGAGCUGCAGCCAACCACAGGUGGAACUUUGUGAAUAGCUCACUACAGCUGUCGAUCAGUGUCAUUCUUAGCAAACAUGAUUUCCACAUUUCAGCUUAGAUUCUUUGUAGUACAACACAUUUGAAUGAGUUAAUACCGUUCUUUACGAUUUAAUAGCUCACCCCCGAUUUUGAACUGCAACCGGAACGUCUGCGAAAAGGCUGUAUGCGCCGAUCGCAGCUGAUCAUUUCCAUCCAACUUUGUGUGUCAGUUUCCACCGGCUUAUUUCUGUUCCGCUCACCGGAUCACCGGGCUCCACAGGGGAUCGCCAGAGUUCUAUUUUUUCCAGACACCACAGCAUGCUGCAUAAAUUCAGCACAGAUAAACCUGUGCUGGAAAGGAAGUGGGGCACGGAAACAAAAUAAAACAUCUGGCUCCUUUUCCAAAUAAAACACUACAUGUUUUAGCUGGUCGUAUUUCACAACAUGCAAAUGUGGGCAGGGACGAAAAGGUUUGUAGACAGCAUUUUAACCCGAUGACACCAUGGAUGAGGAGAUGCUGAUUCUGAAAGUCUAGAAGUGGAUUUCCUCCUGUGGAAGGUCAUAAUCUACUGCUUAUAUGGUUAUGUGGCUGUCUUCAGACAGAGACAACUUGUUAUCGCAUGAUUGCAUGUGAAUCUGCAGGUUCUUGUGAGUUCUCGUGAUUCCUGCUGUCCAAAAUCCACCACAAAAUUCGUCUUACAAACACAUCUGGUUGGAAUUGGUGGAGGGCGAAAAUUGCCACUGAUCCUUGGCGGAGCCAUUCCUGAUGCAGUGGAAGUUGGGGGGAUAAUCUGUAUUGAAGGUUGCAGAUUUAUUUUGCAUCUGUGUCAGAUUAACCUCUCUGAUGCACUUUGAGAUCAUUCUAUCAAAGUCUGAAUCAUAAGUGGUUCACUACCAGAGCAACCUGACGAAGCUUAUGUGACAUUUUUGUGCCUGUUAGCAAAACUAAAAUGCUGGAGUUAUUUAACUAAAAGUCUUUGUUAGAAAGAUUCUCAUCCACUAUGUCAACAGUAUGGUGGUUUCCAAGUUUUAUCCAAACAAACAACACUAGGCAAUCUUAACACUCUCCCUCCAACAGUAGAAAGAGAGUGGUUGUUUGACACUCUCUAAAAUUGUGUUUCUCAAAGGUACGCUAGUGUCUUCUUGCAACCUGUUUCAGACGACAUAGCUCCAGGCUACCACAGCAUCGUGCACAGGUAAAAACACAGUACAGCACUUCAUUCAACAGUAGUAUGUCAUGUAACUUGUUCAUCAAAGAAAUCAUCCUCCCUCUCGCAUCUCUUACUGUCCUCCCCAUCCCAGGCCGAUGGACCUGUCAGCAAUUAAGAAAAAUAUUGAGUCCGGCGUGAUCCGUACAACGGCUGAGUUCCAACGGGACAUCAUGCUGAUGUUUCAGAAUGCUGUCAUGUACAACUCAUCAGACCACGACGUGUACCACAUGGCUCUGGAGAUGCAGCGUGACGUCCUGGAGCAUGUACAGCAGUUUCUGGCCACCCAGCUCAUCAUGCAGACCUCGGAGAGCGCCAUUUCUGCAAAGAGCCUCCGUGGCAGGGAGGGAAACCGCAAACCAGGAGAGCCAGCUGAGAAGGUGGGUUUGCCGACUUUGCGUGGGGUGGGGGGGACUAGACUAAACAUCAAUAGUGAAGAAUUGAUUUUAUUCUGAUGAGUUUGUGUCUAAAAUGUACUUUUGGGAAAGUUUCUCUUAAGCCAACAGAAAUACUUCUUGAAUGUUUUAGUGAGAAGUUCAACUCUCAAGUGUGAGGAGUGUCUAAGUAUCAACAGUCAGUUCGAACAUGGAUGUGUGUGCGUGUCUACAAAGUCCUGGACUAAACUAUGUCUUGAAUCAUAAACUCACUUCUAGUCAACAAAAAGAGGUUUAAAUAGAGCGAAGAAUAGACAAACUACUUUUGGACACCAGUAGCCGUCAACACCGGGUCAUGACGUCAGUGCUGUGGGUCAUUGAGUUCAAUUCUGACCAGGGGUUGAUGAUAAAUAACAGCAUGAGUUUCACUGAUAACUCAAAUCAAUCCGAUCAAGUUUUCACAAAAUAUUAAAGAUGAAUUUGUGUAAGUCAAUAUAUUUUUGAUAAAAUAAUGAACCCUAGUUUCAACAUGACCCAUUCAUACAAAAGAGGAUUAGGGCCACAAAAAAAAGAAACAAAUAAUUACAGGAGGGAGAUUUUUGUAAUCUCCAUUUUUGAGAUAUAAAUCCAUAUUUUAAAAAGACGAAAUUUUGACUUUAUUCAUGUCGACUUUAAUCUCAAAAUUUCAACUUUAAUCUCUUAAUUUGAAUUUUUUAAAGGUCGAAAGUCAGACAUUCACAACAUUUUUUAAUCUUGAAUGUUUGACUUUAAUCUUGAAAUUUCAAUUUUUAGUCUCGCAAUUUCAACUUUAAAUUUGAAAUUUCUACUUAAAUCUCCUUCCUAUAAUUAUUUUUUUUCUCUUCAUGUGGCCCUUAUCCUCUUUCGUACAUUUUUUUGUCUCGUGCAGACUUUGGUCUCAUGUCAGUGUUGAGUGGGUAAAAUUCACAUUUUUUUUCUGUCUGAAGUCCUUUACUCUUUAUAAAUCAGCUCACCUUUGAUAGAAAAGCCUUUAGAUAUCAACUGUGGUCAUCAUGGUCCUCUCGCCCCAUUCACCACCUCUCAUUGCUCUGCAAUGCAUGAUUGUAUAAAAGGCUGGUUCAGUGACUAUUCGUUGUAUGCUGCUUCUUACAAUGUGUGGUGCGAUAUGAUGAAUGUACCUGGUGGGUUAUGAAGGACACAGUCAUGGAGUCAACAGCAGCUCUGAUAAAUCUUUAAAUGUAAACUGAUAUUUAUGAUCACAGCAAGAACCUCCAUCGACCAGAAGAAGUCUGAAUACGUUAUGAGAGAAAACACUCGUGUGGCUGAGAGAGGGGGUGAUUAACCACAUGACUUACAAUUCUGCAAAGAUCCCAGGGGAUAAUAGUUUACAAGUUUGAAAUGUUUCUGUACUUACUGUACUCUUCAUUUAAUUUGUUUAGAGAGCUGUUGUUCCAUACAAGAGUUUUAUGAUUUUUGUUUCAACGAUGAGAAAAAGUGUGUAGCAUUUUCAUGAAGUCACUUUUUUUUUUAAUCAUAUGUAGCAGGGAAAUCAAAACCUCACUCAGUAAAGAGAUGGACAUCAAAAGUUUGAGUCAAUGAGCGUUUUAACUUGUAGGACUUGCUAUUUAUGUGUUGAAUGUCUUUCUUUUUUUACACCUGCCUAAUGCGGUACUUGUAUUGAAGGACCAUGAUGGACAUUUGGAUCAUUUCCUGAGUCGAGAGCACAACUACACCAACAAUUCUGUCUCACUUAGCUUUGUUUAAACACGAUCACUCUUUCUUUAUACACCAAACACUUGACUUGAUCUAUCACCGCUGAUAUAGAGUGUGUGUUGUGUCCAUACACCAGCAUCAGAAUAAGAGUUACUGAAGUGAAUGAAUCUAAUUGGACUGCUUCAGUUUACUACAGAAACACUUUCAGGCUGUAUUUGAUGAAAAGAAAUUCUGCCUCUGUUAACUUUGAAGCUCUUAAUCAACCAAACCAUCCGUUCAGUUCACCGUUGUACGAGUUCACUUUACCUAAAUGAUGCUUCAUUCUGCCUCUUAGUGAAAAUUUGCUCCUAAUUUUAAGUACUGGAGCCAUUUAGGACUCCGUUAUGAAUUAAGUGUUUGCACCAUGCCAACCUCUGAAAAAGUUACUGCUACUUAUUAUUGUUACUGACAUACAUGUUGACGUCACAUGAACUCAGAGAUAUUUGGUGAACUCUGCACAGCUCUUGCUCACCAGAUCCACUUUCCUCUCUGCUCACUACAAUGUGCUCCACAGGAUUAUUUCCUGGUCCAGACUUCCCUGAUGAUUCAUGUCCUUGCAUGCCGGCUUUGACUCUUCACUCUGACUUCCAUCUGUCUGCAUCUGCUUGUCACUUACCUACCUGUGCGGCUGUUUCUGUCUGUAAUGAAUUGUCUUGUUUAGUGUCAUGUAUUUUUGUGUGUUUGUGUGUAUGUGUGUGCGUGUAUCUUUGUCCUGACUGUGCAGGGGCUGUUCGCGACUGGAUAAAACUUGGGAAUUUGCAAAAAGUUGUUGAAGUAAAAAAGAAAAGAUGGAUAAUUUUAGUAAAUUCUUUGUUAAACAAAAAAUAUCUGGGGGAAGUGUUUCUCAAAUUAAUUAAGAAUAGUUUUUCCUUUUUAUCUUUUUUUGCACACUGAGAUCAAACUGGAGUUAAAAUGAGACUAGUGAUGUUUUCAGAGCAGCACAAGAAUGUGUCAGGAUAAUAUUCUCACAAUAUUUAUGGUAAACUUGAAAUUUUAAACACCACAGUAAGACUGAGAGUGUAAGAUGAGGGUUAAGUAACAUAAAACAUAUGUUCAUAAAUAUUACGCGUCCAUAAAUUUUACUAAUAAAUGCAGUUAACUUACACGUUUUCAUCAUUUCUAAUUCUGUUCAAAUGUUUGAUUUACUCACAUAAUUGGCUGUGUAAUGUAAACUUCUUUAGAGGAUUCAUUACUUCAUUCAGUGAGUGUUUCUCAUGCUUUUAUUUUGUUUGUUUUUUUCUGUCUUGAGUGAAGAUUGCUUCAUUUCCCUACAUUAUAAAACUCUGUUCUAUAACUCAAGAAGCUUUUCUUUCAAAAUAAAAGCAGAGUGAGUGAGAAUGUCAAAUUAGUUAGUAAACCAAAGAGGUGCGUUUAAAUUUACAAAAUAUCUUGCAUUUUAAUAAUAUAGAAAUAAUAGUACAUGAUAUAUACAGUAUAAGCGCUUUUCUGGACACUCAAGGACACUUAACAGAGUAAAAGCAACGACAUAAAACAGCAAGAUAAGAGCAACAGAGAUAAUAAAAUAACAUAGAAAAAAUAUGUAUGUAUAAAAAAAUAAUAAUAAUAAUAAUUAUAUAAAAAAAAAUGACAAGGUAAAUUAUCACCAUCAUUCAUCUGAACUUCAAUUCAACAUGUGGCUGCCAGCAGAAAUGUCUUCAGCUAGGAACUCUCAGUGUGACUAUAAGCCUAUUUUUAGCAUCAUAUUAAUUAUUAAUAAUUCAAUGAAGACAGUCACAGUCAAUCCUGCUUUAUCAUCACAGCCUUAAUCAGGACCGUGAACAAACCUGUGGUUCAGUAAGGUGAGCUUUGUAAACUCAGCAUUGCUUAGCUGCAUUUGUGUGCGCCUGAUUUUCCUUGUGUUUCUGUCUGUCUGUGUUUAUCAGUCUCACUGUUUACAGAGUGUGUGUCUGGAUCUUGUGCGAGUGUCUGUGUCUGUGUGUUUAUUCAGACGUGCCUUGCAGCAGUCGAAUGGACGCUCAUUCCACGGUGUGCCUCUGUGUUUGAAGCAGACUUGUAUGAAACUUGCUCUCUCACGCACAUGUGUGUCUUUUCUCUCUCUCUCUCUCUCUUUCUCUUUCUCACUCCAAUGUUUGUCCUCCUACAGGACAGUGUCCCAAUGGCCUCUCCUGCUUUCCUUCUCUCUCUUUUUGUAAGUAUUCAGGUUCGCCCUCAGAUUUCACCAGAUCCAGGCCACGCUCCGCACAUGCUUGUGUCAACCAAGCGCGCACACACACAUAUACACACACACACACACACAUUGGAAUACACUGUGUACACCUCUUCAUUCCUCUCCUCCCUCUUUAUAAAUGUCUUCUGUUUGAGCAGCAUUUGAAGAAACUAAGCAGUUCCUAAAAUAAAAAGGUAGAAUUUCUGUCUCAGUGGUACAAAUAAUAGUUACACUGUUGUUUAGAGGUCGACCUAGUUUGUUAUUCACAAUGAUAUAACUUCAGAUAAUUUGUAACUAUCAAACCAUCUGUUCAGAAUAUCUGAACAUGCUCUCAUUUAGUGUUGAAUAAACAGUAAUGAGAUCAUUUUUGGUAAUGCCACUGUAAAAAACACUUAUAUAAAACCUUUUAAAUGAGUAAACAUUAAGAGUCUGAUCAUUACCAAAGGUCAGCAUUCAAGCUUACAGUCUAAACAAAAUCAAUCCUAGUGAGAAAAGUGGAAAAUAAAACAAAACUUUUUUGUUUGUCAGAAAUUUAUGAGUGUCAUUGUGUAAGCGAGCUGAUUAGUGGAGAGAGAUUACAGAAUAACUGUAACUAGCGUUGUAAUGAUAAGGUCCUUUAACCACCACAAAACACAGUGAUUUAAACAAAACUAUCAUUUCAAAACGUUUUUGAACGACUAACUUUAGAGACGAGCUAAAUUUCUGAGCCAUUGUUCAGUUUGAGUUGUCACUCUAAACAGCUUUAAUUAUCAAGCGCAGAGGUUAGGACAGGCAAAUGCUUUUUUGAUGAUGGAGCUUUAAGAAAACAUUUAAAGAUAACUUAACAGAAAAAUGUUAAUUCCUGGCUUUUUCAUCUGUUUCAUAUCUUUGCUUUAAUUGACUUUAUCAGGGUUAUGUGGUGGUAGUUUGAUCAGAUUUGAUCGACAGAUUAAACUUGAAUGACAAAGACACCAACAGAGAAACAAGACAGCAAAUAACCAGUGGCGUUAAAAAGUACAUUUUUUUUAGCAUUUCAUGAUCACUUACUGGAGCAGAAGUUGCUAAAGUCAAGGCGUUAAAGUCUUAUUACCUUUUUCUUGUCGGGGUAACAGUAAAUUUGUGCAGAUAUUCAAAUCUUUCAGGUGAUAUUACUUUUAAUGUACCACAAAAGGGAGCAGUAAUACUUACAAAAUCUAAGACAGUGCAGCUCCAGUCCACAAAACACUAAACUUAACAAACUUGUACUUUGAAACACUUGAAGACAAAGUGGAGAAAUCAAAGAAAUAAGCCACACUCAUAUUGGGGAUAAUUGAAGAGUGUCUGACCCUCUCUGUAUCUGAUGGCUGUACACACACAUCCCUGAACACAGUGUUGUUUCAUCUCCAUAAGUUUUCAGUUGUGUUUUUACAUCCACACACACACAGACACACACCAGCUGAAGUAACCUUUCAUCACCAAAGCCUCCGUUGACCUUCUGUUCAUGACCCCAUGCCGGUUUCCUGUGUUUUUGUGUUGUGUGCAGUCGUCUCUCUGCAUGUUCUAAUUUCUUUUCUCCUUCUUUUUGAGUUGAUCGAUCAUCUUUGAUUAUCUUUGUGUUGCUUUUGUUGUUUGAUUUUGUUUAUCAUAUGUUUCUCAUUUGGGGAGGAAGCCUUUCUAGGUGGACUGUGCUGUGUUUUUUGUGCUGAGCUCAGUCCAUGAGGAGGCCCACCAGAGGGCCUUCAUUCACUCGCUCCAGCUGACCUUUGAUCUUCACACCUUUAUGCUAACUAGUCGUCCUGCUCUCCAUCUAUCUUUUUUUGCUGUUCCUCUACCAUCUGUCUCUCUGAUACAGGAUGGAGGCACCAGGGGUCGCCGUAGUGCCAUGGAGGCAGACCUCAAAAUGAAGAAAUAGACUGAGAUUUCAUGGAGUUAGGAUUUCUUGAGAGACCUGCUCUGAGAUGUGGAGAACACAGGCGCUGAAUAUGUACGUUGUGUUUUCAAAGGAGGACUGUGCGGACUGUGUGUAUGAGUGCGUGCGCGUAUUUGUGUGCGUGUGUGUUGGUUUAUUCGUCCUACGUAAGCAUUGAUAAGGGUAAAUGUGGACUGGAUCGCCUGUUUGUUUGCGUGAGAUAGCAGCACCCAGCCUCCUCUGAACCAGUUCGUAUGUUUGGUUAACGCGCAGCGCAUCACUCUAUCCAAGUAUCAUUUCACCAGCAGAUGUAGUAGUUUGCCAUUUCACUUCACUGAAAAGCAACAGCAAAGAGAAAUUUAACACAUUUUUUUCACCAGCAAUAGGCUCAAAUGAUGAGAGGGCCAAAGGUCAGAUCAUAUGGAACUUUGGAUCCAUCUAGAUUGGUCCACCAUACUGGGUUGUACCAAACGCAGCCAAGAAAUCAAAUCGACAUCCGUUUGAUCACUUAUAAAAUAUGAAUGUGAGAUCCAGAGAAUCUGUUCGGAGACCUGCCUUGUUUUAAAUGUAAUUAUGAAUGAUGUCUGUAUAGUCUUUGGCCGAGUUGUCUAUGUGAAAGCCCAUUAACGGACCCCUUCCAAGUCUGUAGAUGAUCCGCCUACUUUCUCAAGUCUUGAAUAGUUUUCUAAGCUCCUUCAGAGGUCAGUUAAGUCCUGUUUUGCCUCGGUGACAGUUCGAGACAUUACAAGGCUUCAGCGUGAGCAGGAUUUUGUUUGCGUUGCAUUGAAGUACACUGAGUCAUCUGGAAACUGACAGUGUGUCAUCUACGUGCAAAAUAAAAGCUAGCUGUUAUUGAAGUGUUAAAACACAGUUUGUUUUUUUGUUCUUCUUUAACCACAUGAGGCUGCACAGAGGCAUUAAAGUUGCUGCUUUAAGAGGGCAGAUAAUCCUGAAGUUACUCUAAAACUGAAAUUUUGUAUUUCAUGAAACAGUUGUCAGAAUUGUUAAAUGCUGUUUUGAGUGUUAAUGGGCUUACACAAAAGGACACACAGAUUGUUGUUGCUAAUCAUUGAUGCAUUCCUAUUGGUCGCUUAGGAUGUAGCCUGUGUGCUAAAUAAAAAGCAUAAGGAAUGUGUGUUUGUGUUAGACAGGAGUGCAAGAAAACCUGUGAGCUGGAACAUAGAUUUUUGUGUUUGGGUAGCUGAUACAUGUAUAAUGUUUUCUGUUGUACAUUUGUUAAAUAAAUAAGUUUAUUUGAUCUAAACCUGAAUCAGAUUAGACCCAUUUAUUCCACAGCGUAACC